AUGAAUAUGAAGAAAAAGGUCAUGAGAUUAAAAAAGUCCUUAUAUGGAUUGAAACAAUCUGAAGCUAACCGGUCCAAGAAAAUAUCGAAUUGUUUGUCAUCUUACUACAGAUUAAAGGAAAUUUCUAACUGA